UAGCCUACAUUUUCGCUGUCUCUUCCGCUGUAGGAUAAUCCACAACUGCCAUACACAGCUAUCACAAGCAAGGUUUCUGCAAACAUGACUGGCAGGAAGUUUUUCGUCGGUGGUAACUGGAAAUUGAACGGCGACAAGAAGAGCAUCGAAGAGCUCGCCAAAACACUGAAUAGCGCCACACUUAACCCAGAGACCGAGGUUGUGUGUGGUGCCCCAACCAUCUACCUUGACUUUGCCAGAUCCAAGCUGGACACAAAGAUUGAUGUGGCCGCACAAAACUGCUACAAGGUGGCAAAGGGUGCCUUCACUGGAGAGAUCAGCCCUGCAAUGAUUAAGGACUGUGGAGUGAAAUGGGUGAUUCUGGGACAUUCUGAGAGGCGCCAUGUGUUUGGAGAGAGCGAUGAGCUGAUUGGUCAGAAGGUUGCUCAUGCUCUUGAGGGUGGUUUGGGUGUGAUUGCCUGCAUUGGUGAGAAGCUGGAUGAGAGGGAGGCUGGAAUCACUGAGAAAGUUGUUUUUGCACAGACCAAAGUCAUCGCAGAUAAUGUUAAAGACUGGAGCAAAGUCGUUCUCGCUUAUGAGCCUGUGUGGGCCAUUGGCACUGGAAAAACUGCAUCGCCCCAACAGGCUCAGGAGGUGCAUGACAAACUCAGGCAGUGGAUGAAGACCAAUGUCUCAGAGGCUGUGGCCAGCUCUGUCAGGAUUAUCUACGGAGGGUCAGUCACUGGGGGAACCUGCAAGGAGCUGGCCUCUCAGAAAGAUGUGGAUGGCUUCCUGGUGGGCGGCGCUUCCCUGAAACCCGAGUUUAUCGACAUUAUUAACGCAAAUGCAUAAAAAGCUAAAGCCAUCAUCAACCUAAACCCUACGGCUUUGGUUAUAUCCCCAUCCCCAGCCCUUUAGAAAGUGUUAUUGUGAAUUUGUUGCAGUCAUUUUUUUGUAUUGUUAUUCUAGAGGGACAGGUUGACAAAGAUAACACUCUGAAACAUGCUCAAUUAAGUGUACUACUAAUAUUCCACACUAAUUGUAGUGGACUACAGAACUAUUUGAACCAUGUCGGGCUUAGAGCCCAUGCCUUUACUUGAAACGUUUACCAACAUUCAUAUGUGUACAAUAUAAACAACCUAAGAAGUCGAUAACCUAAGUGUCUUUUUAAUCCAAGUGAAACUACUUUCCAUAACUGUGGUUAUCCCAGUGUUUUUGUGUCCCUCAUAGAGUUUUAUGCAUUCUGUGAGUAGCCUGUCCUGAAGGAGGUGCUCAUUGUAUGCAUUUACUAGUAUCAUAACACAUAAGGGAUAAUGCAAAACUAUUCUAAUAAAUGUUUUCUUUGUGUAGGCAUACUUUGACUUACGGCUAAAGUUAUUUACUGUAAUGGAACAUUUGGCCUAAUUUACUGUAAACAUGCAUAUAUUCAAUACAUUUAAAAAAUCAUAGAACUAUAAUCAACAUAGUAUAGGGUAAAUAUACUUAUUCUAAAUACAACAACGUACACCACAGCAUUUUAUACCUAAAAUGGUAAUAGUAUUUAAAAACAAACAUUUUCCUUCAUACAUAAUAUAUUGAAAUGCAUGGAGUUCGUUGCAAUUGCUUAUUUCUUUAUCACUCAAGCAGCACUGUUGCAGAAUAUAUAAAAACACAUACGUUUUCUCACAACCAUCUGAUAUAUAUAUCAUACAGCUACUUAAUUAAAACCCACACAUCGAUCUAUGGUUUUGCAAAAUUUUUAUUCUUUAUUUUUUUUCCUUAAGAUUAAGUAGGUACAUUAUGUACAAAUCAGUAUGUACAAAUGGCAGUAUAUUCUUACACUCCAAUAUUUAACACCUGGAGCUCUAGUGAGGGCAGACAUUAGGGCUUUGAGAGAUGAGCUGUGAAAGAAGAAAAAAAAAAUCACAAGCACAGUUCUGUGUAAAUACUUACUGCCAAGCAUUGACCACAUAUAAACCUAUCCACAACCACAUCACAUUACAGAACGUAACGCACAGAGGAAGAGGGAGAGAGGAAAGAAACAUUGAGAAAGAGAAAGGAUAGUUGGCCGAAAAAAGAAAUAUGAAACGAAGCAAAGAGUCAAUUAACAGCUAAAGGCAAAAUUACUCGAGCGAGAGCACAAUACACACAGAGGCAAAUGUAAAAUACAAGCGAAAAUGAUCUGGAAAGCAACAAGCUGAUGCAGAGAAAAAAGUUAAAUUAGGGGUAGAGGACAGGGAACAUUUAUAGAGACUGAUGGUACUGUUAGUAAUACUGCUGUGAAAAAAAUACACAACUACAACAGCAUACCAGACAAGCUAAAGAUGCAUUUCAGGAAAAUAAAAUAAAA